AUGACCUCUGAAGCCUUCAAACUAAAAGGCCUCUAUGAACAAGUCCGCAACGACUUCAUCAGAGAUGCUGGAAUUAGGCUACAGACUCGCUUGGCUAGAGAGGCCGAGGAAAAGGCCAGGAAGGAAGCAGAAGAGAAAUCAAGCCUGGAAGAAGAGCAGAGGAUCAGAGAAGCUGAAGAAAAGGUUGUUAUUGAAGCUGUUGCUGCUACGAUUGCUGUUGAGGCUGAGGCAAAAGCAAAAGCUGAAGCGAAAGAAGCAGCACACAUUGUCGUAGAGGAAGCUGCCAAGUUAAGUGUUGAUGCUUUGACUCAGGGGGAGAAAUCUACCUCUGGUUUUACCCCUCUGGUCUUAAAGACUCUGGAGGAACUGCAAAAGGAACAACAAGUGGUACGAGCUAGGUUGGAUCACCAGGAUUCCGUCAACACCAACAUUCAGAUCCUGCUGACUCAACUUCUCCAAAGGAUGCCUCCGCCCCCAAACCCUUAG